CCUUUCCUCCAUUCUCGCCUUCUCGGCCUAGGCAAUACGCAGCAGCCAGCAGAUACCCCAAUUUCUCUCUCGAAGGAAAGUUUGUAAGAAAGUUUCAAACCUCAAGAAACUCGUCGGCGUCUCUUUCGGUCUCUUUGUGGACGGCGAGCUAUUUCGUACAACAAUAUAAGGUUUGAAAUGUCCUACCGUUCAAAACAAAAUGUUAGUGAGAUUGAGUUAGAGAACUAUGAGUAUAAAUAUUAUAAUGAGUUGAAGAAAGGCAGCCAUAGGGUUAAAAUUUCUGAUUCAGUAUAUAGAUGUCCAUACUGCCCUGGGAAAAGAAAUCCAGAUUACCUCUUUAAGGAGCUUCUCCGACAUGCUUCUGGUGUUGGUAGUUCAAAGAGUACGGGUGUAAAAGAGAAAGCAAGGCAUUUAGCUUUGGAGAGGUAUAUGAGGAGGUAUCUUGAUGUGAGGGAUCAUUCAGAACCUUCCACUAAAGCUGAAUGUAGCAUGCCUGAUGUUGAUCAGGAGUUUGUGUAUCCAUGGAAGGGCAUCAUUGCAAAUAUUAAAACUGAAUGGAAAGAUGGGAAACAUGUUGCUGAAAGUGGUACAAAACUCAGGGAAGAGUUGUCAAGGAAUGGGUUUAAUCCUGUGAAGGUUCAUCCCAUAUGGAAUCGUGGGGGUCAUUCAGGUUUUGCCACUGUAGAUUUCGAAAGUGAUUGGGCUGGUUUCAACAGUGCAAUGUUGUUUGAGAAGAGUUUUGAAGUCGAUCACUGCGGGAAGAGGGAGUACUAUGCAGCCAAAAAUCGAGGAGAUAAGUUGUUUGGAUGGGUGGCCCGCAGAGAUGACUACGAAUCAGGAUGCCCUGUUGGUGUCUAUCUCAAGAAGAAUACAGAUUUGAAAACUGUUUCUGGGAAAGAAGCAGAAGAUCAAAGGAAGGCGUCAAAGCUUGUAUUAAAUUUAACUAAUACCCUGGAGACGAAGAGCGUGUGCCUUCAACAGAUUCAGAACAAAUAUCGUGAGAUCAAUGCUUCUCUAGAGAAGGUGAUGGGGGAACAGGAGGACAUUCUUGCGAAGUACAAUGAUGAAAUGAGAGAGGUGCAGCAGAGGACAUGUAAUCGUCUUGAGAAGAUCUCCUCAGAGCAUGAGAAGGCUACACUGCAUUUGAAAGCUCAGAAGCAAGAACUUGAGGAGCGCGAGAAGCAAUUGCAGCAACGUGAGGCUCAGAAUGAGACUGAGAGAAGGAAGCUUCGUAAGCUUCGUGAUGAGAAAAUAAUGAAUGAGAGGGCGACCCAGGAGCAAAAGAAGGCCGAUGAAAAAGUGCUGAGGCUGGCAGAGGAGCAAAAUAGAGAAAAGGAGAAACUUCACCAAAAAAUCAUUGAACUAGAAAAGAAGCUUGAUGCCAAACAAGCAUUGGAGUUGGAGAUAGAGCGUAUGAGAGGGGCUUUACUAGUAAUGAAGCACAUGGAUGAGGAUGGGGAUAUGGAAGCCAAAAAAAAGAUGGAUGCAAUUGCUGAAGAUUUGAAGCUGAAGGAAGAAGAAUUGGAUCACAUGGAAGAACUAAACCAAGCUCUCAUUGUCAAGGAACGCAAAACUAAUGAUGAACUGCAGGAGGCUCGUAAAGAGUUAAUCACCGGAUUGAUAAAAUGGACAACCCGUGGUAACAUUGGCAUCAAGAGAAUGGGAGAGCUUGAAACUAAGCCAUUCCUCACUGCAACCAAGAGAACAUUUUCUAACGAAGAAGCAGAUGAGAAAGGAAUGGAGCUGUGUUCACUAUGGGAGGACUAUCUUAGGGAUCCAAGCUGGCAUCCCUUUAAGAUCAUCAUGGAUAAAGAAGGGAAUGCUAAGGAAAUGAUUGAUGAAGAAGAUGAAAAAUUGAAGAAUUUGAAGAAUGAGUUUGGUGACGAAGUUUACCAGUCUGUGACAAAAGCCUUGAAAGAGAUGAAUGAAUACAAUCCAAGUGGCAGGUACAUAGUACCAGAGCUAUGGAGUUUUGCAGAUGAAAGGAAGGCAACAUUACAAGAAGGAGUAGAAUACCUGAUAAAGAAGUGGAAAAUACAUAGACGGAAGAGGCGUUGAAGGAUUUGUAGCCAGAAUGUCCUUUUGUGAAGGCCAUUGUAGAUGUGGUGCUUCAAGAGUUUCACUUAUUUUGCUAUGCUCGGGUUGUAAGUAGGCUUCUGCCUCUAUUCGUGCAUAUUACUGUCUUUGGUGGAAAAACUGUGGGAAUGAUUUUUAGACAUAUCACUUGUUAAUAUUCAAUGCAUAUGGUUUCUGUUGGGUUCUAUAUAUUGAUAUAGUUUUCCUUUAA